AAUGGUACUGGUAAUGGCCGUCUAACGGUUGUGUAGUAUGUUCGUUGCAGUUGCCUGUAUAUAUCCAUUUUAUCAAUGCGAAAAGCACGUGUUUAAAAUGCGUGCAUGCCAAUUCGAAUUUUGAUAGUGCGACUUGUAGUGACGGAAACACAGUUUGGAAGAAUGAUUUACUGAUAAGAGGUGGGACGACUUGUUAAAAUUACGGAGGGACAAUGAGUUUCAGAAGAGGAGAGUAUCCUUACGGAGGCGGCGAUAAAAAUGGAGUUGUACAGCCUUUGCAACACGGGGAAGAGAGUAGCGAACGAGCGAAAACCCAACAACCCGUUAAACUGCAACCAUCCUGGGAGGAGAAUAAUCUACCCGAAGACGAACUGAAUUUUAAGAAUCAGACCAUGGAUGAUGCCAGUUUGGCAUUAAAUCAACCUCCCGACAAAUAUAAUUUAGUGUAUUUGACUUUUUUGAUCCAUGGAAUUGGAGUUUUAACGCCUUGGAACAUGUUCAUCACUGCCGAUAAGUAUUUUUCAGAACACAAAUUGUCAGAGGAAUACACUGGCGAAAUUUCACCAUACGUGACGAAUUUUAUGCAAUAUCUCACUUUUGCUUCCCAAGUUCCUAAUGUGUUUUUCAAUUGGCUUAAUAUUUUUAUACAAAUCGGUGGUAAUUUAACCACGCGUAUAGUUUGGAGCAUUAGUAUCGAAGUAGUCGUUUUUAUAGUCACUAUUAUACUUGCAAUGAUAGAUACAAGCACUUGGCCAGUUCCAUUUUUUUGGAUAACGAUGGUGUGCGUAGUUAUUUUGAAUAUGGCCAAUGGCAUUUAUCAGAACACCGUUUUCGGAAUGGCCGCUAAACUGCCGGGGAAAUACACUGGAGCUGUGGUUUUAGGCUCUAAUAUUAGCGGGACUUUUACAGCUGUAGUCUCGCUGUUAUCGACCAUAAUGGCCUCGAAUAAAAAAAUGGCCGCUAUUUAUUACUUCAUCACGGCGCUUUUUGUACUGCUUGUCUGCUUUGACACCUACUUUGCCUUACCGCUAAAUCGAUUCUACCGCCACCAUGAGCUCCGCGAAAAGAAAAACGCGGAACUGCGAAAACAAAUGAACCAAGGGCGGUCCCAAAGAAUCCCCUACUUGCACAUCCUCAAAAAAUCCCUCCCUCAACUUUACAACGUUUUCUUCAUAUUUUUCGUGACCCUAUCAAUUUUUCCAGCAAUACAAACAAACAUUAGGCGUGGUGACGAAAAUUUUUUUAUUGGAGAUAAUUAUUACACAGGAAUUACGUGUUUUUUGACUUUUAAUGUUUGCGCGAUGGUGGGCAGUUAUCUAACUAAUUUACUGUGUUGGCCCGGCCCUAAAUAUUUAUGGAUUUUUGUCACUCUUCGAGUGUUGUAUAUCCCGUUUUUCUUCUUUUGUAAUUACCAGAUAAACGGGAUUGAGAGACAUAUUCCGGUGUAUAUCACAAGUGACUGGGUUUAUUGGAUAGUUGCUAUUACAAUGGGGUUGACUAGUGGGUAUUUUAGCUCUCUGGCAAUGAUGUACACCCCAAGGUGCGUUGAAGAGAGAUAUUCCUCAACUGCGGGCAUGUUCGCUGCCGCUUCUUUGAUAACUGGUAUCUUUACUGGAAUUUUAUCAACAUUUUUAUGGCCUUGGAUAAUCAAGCAUGUUAAAUACUAGCAAAAGUGUUUGGUAUAUGAUACGGAAACGGAAUUAUCUAUACAAUUUUAGAUAGUAGUUUCUGUCAUAUGCCAUAGAGAAGCAAAUUUUAUUUCAAUGGGUCCCGAAUCAUAGUUCUUCCAAGUAACGAAGAAUAUUGUUUUUUGUAUCAGUUUUGUAAAUAGUUGACAGAAUAGUUUUAUUUCCAUUGGCUUUCCAAAAACGUUUUCUGAGAAAACCGCUAGAUUUGCAUUUUGAUAAGACGUUGCAAGACUGACUGUAAAUUAUAAUCAAUUAGUUCUAGUUUACUACUUGUGUUUUCAAUAAAGUUAAUUUUGUGUU